CCUCAAUCCUUCCCUUUCUUUCCAAGGGAAGGAAGGGAAUCGGACACCUGUGGCUCGCGCGUAAUAAAUUGUUCGUUUACCAAAAGCGCAUACUUUCUCCCAGCAAGAUAAUCGCGCUUGGACUUGCGUUUCACACGCUACAGUUUCCGGAUUUCAUUGCAUUUGUUCAUUUUUUCUGAUCUAGCUAAACAGCUAGGGAUAUUUGAACAGUUAAGGUUACAAUUUCGAGGACGGGAGACGACACGACAACAGCGGAUUCUGCAAGUAAAUCAAAAGCAUACAGCUUCAAAAGUAGCUUCAGGUCUAAAACUCGGUCCUCAAUGAGCGACUUGGAAAAUCCUAACGCGGAAUCAAAGCUGGAGGCGGUGAUACAGAGGUUGGAGGAGAGCGUGCUGUCGGAGGAGAAGCGACUGACGGUGAGGAGUCCGACCCACGACGGCCCGCCAACCUGCCUGCCGGCGCGAAUCAGGGAGAUUGUUACUAAGAACCUCAGUGACAGCACCACAGGCACCAUGUCCUCAGUCCUGUCGCUCCAGGAGGAGAACAGGGUGCUGCAGGGGGAGCUGGCGCGGCUGGAAGACCUGCUGGCGCACAGCCGAGCGGACCGCGACGAGCUGGCCAUCAAGUACAGCGCCAUCAGCGAGAGGCUGGAGCAGGCGCUGCGCUUGGAGACAGGAGAGAUGGAGCACGACUCGCCAGAAUCGCGCAGCCUGGCGCAGCAGAACGUGGAUCUGCGCAGACGCCUGGACGAGGAGCAGGCAGCCUACAAGCGAAAGCUCACCGCUUACCAGGAGGGCCAGCAGAGACAGGCUCAGCUCGUCCAGAAGCUACAGUCUAAGGUGCUGCAGUACAAAAAGAAGUGUGGGGAUUUGGAGCAGAGUCUGAUGGACAAGUCCUCUGAGCUGGAGCACCACAAACUGAGUGGCAGGUGUGAUAUGUCUGGCGGUAGUCUCCAACAGGACGAGGAAGCCAGUAGCGACCUGGAGAACGCACUGAUCCGAUUGGAGGAGGAGCAACAGAGGAGCAGCAGCCUGUCUGCCGUGAACGCAAUGCUGAGGGAGCAGCUGGAGCAGGCGGGGCUAGCCAACCAGGCGCUCAGCCAGGACAUACGCAGGCUCACCGCCGAUUGGACCAAAGCCAGAGAGGAGCUGGAGCAGAGGGAAUCUGACUGGAGGAGAGAGGAGGAGUCUUUCCACAGUUAUUUCAGCAGUGAACAUAGCCGGCUGCUGACCCUUUGGCGACAGGUGGUUGGCUUCAGAAGACACGUCUGUGAGCUCAAGAGCGCCACCGAGAGGGACCUCUCUGACAUGCGCAACGAAAUGGCGCGGGUGUCCCACGCCGCGCAGUCCUCGUGCGCGGGCGCGGCCGCCAGCCUGCGCAGCCGGGAGGGGGGCGCGGCCCUGGCGCUGGAGCGGGAGUCUGCGCAGCGCGCGCAGCUGGAGCAGCAGCUGCGGGAGCGGGUCGGCGAGAUGAUGGCCCUCCAGGCCAAGUACGACGCCGAGAGAGCCGAGCUCACCACCAGGCUCGCAGAUGCAGUGCGGGAGUCGGAGAGGCUGAAGUCCCAGAGCGAGGAGAAGGAGAGAAUCACAGCGUCUCUCUCCCAGAAACUGGAGGAGCAGACAGGAGAUGGGGAGGCGGAGCUCCAGUCUCUCAGAGCACACAGCGAGACCCUUCUGCACACGCUCAGGGACAUCGCCCAGGCCGUGCUGGCGGACGGCGACUCCGGCCUCGCCGCCCCCUCUUCGUCCUCGGAGGGCGAGCAGGAGGGCGCGGGGGCGUCCCUGCUGCCCCUGCUCCAGGCCGCCGCCUCCUCCGCCCGCUCGAACUCCCCGCGCCGCUCCUCCUCCCCCCGCCGCUCGCUGCCCCUCUCCCUGCCGGACGGCAGCCUGUCCGCCCUGAGGGCUGUGGUGAGCAGCAGGCAGCUGCAGCUGCAGGAGAUGCGCGGGCGCCUGCUGUCUGCGCAGUCGUCUGCGCAGCAGCUGCGCAGGCAGCUGGGCGAGGCGGAGGCGGGCCGGCGGGAGGCCGAGCUGCGUGGUCAGGACCUGCAGGGCGAGAGGGAGGAUGCGCAGAGGCAGCGGGAGACGGCGCUGAGGGAGAGAGACCGUCUGCGGCAGGAAAGGGACGCGCUGGCCGGUGAGAAGGUCAGCCUGGAGAAGGCCGUGCAGGCUGCGCAGUCGAGAGCGCAGAUGCUGCAGCUGGACUGCGAGAAGCUGCAGCUGACGGUGGCCGCCGCGCAGAGGGAGAGAGACCACGAGCGGGAGGAGAAGGAGGGAGCCGUACAGGAGAGGGACCGGGCGAAGGCCGAGACGGAGCGAGUUCAGAAGCAGUGGGAGCAGAGCGAGACUCGGGCCUCCACGCAGCGCAGCGAGCUCUCCGCAGUGAGGGAGACUCACCACCAGGAGGCGGUGGAGAGGCAGGUGCUGGAGGGAGAGAAGGCUCAGCUGGCUGAGGCCCUGGCCAGGGCCGAGUCCAGCAACAGCGAGCUCUCCCUCCUGCUGAACAAGCUGCGCUCAGAGGAGGCCGCGCUCAGGGACUCUCUGGCCAAGAUGGGCAGCCUGAACGAGAGCCUGGCCCAGGACAAGUCCGACCUGCACAACAUCAUCAUCCAGCUGGAGGAGGAGAAGGGGCUGCUCCUGGCCCAGAAGAGGGAGGCUGAGCAGGACAAGCAGACCGUCAGAGAUGAGCUGGUGCGCCUGGAGCAGGAGAGGCUGGAGCUGGACUCCGCCCGCCUCGCUCUCCACCAAUCGCUUCAGGAGGCGGAGCUCGGGAGAGCGAGCCUGGAGGCGGAGCUUCAGACGAUCAGGGCGGACAGGGCCAAGCUGCAGGACAGAGUCACACAGUUGUGUGGGGAGGUGAGCGCUCUGGGGGCGGAGCUGGGCAUGGCCCGGGGCGAGGGACAGCGACAGGGCGUGGCCCUGGAGGAGGCAGGGCGGAGUCGGGGGGAGCUGGCCCGGGAGAGGGCGGGGCUUAUCGUACAGCUCACCGCGUCUGAGAGGGACAAUGCCACACUCACAGAGGAGCUGGCUGCAUUCAGGUCGGAGAGGGAGGCCCUGGAGACCAGCCUGUUUGAGGUGCAGCAGCAGCUGGCGCAGACGGAGUCGCGCAGAGAGCAGCUGGAGUCUGAGAACCAGGCCCUGCGUCUGAGCAGGGAGACCGCCAGCGCCGAGCUGAAGCGGGUGCGAGCGGACGGGGAGGCGGCCGUGGCACACAGCGAGCGGGAGCGUGGGGCCCUGGCCCAGGCCCUGGCUCUGGCUCAGCAGGAGGCACAGCAGGCCCUGCGCAAGGCCAUCGCCGACCACCAGGAGGAGACAGAGAGGCUGGCUGCUGAGAAGGAGGCCGUGCGCAGGAGCCUGGAGGCGGAGCAGGAGGAGGCCCUGCGGAGGCUCAGGCUGCAGGCGGAGGACGCCCACCUGGCCGCGGAGAAAGAGCGGGAGGAGUGGAGGGAGGAGCUGAGCGCCCUGCAGAGAGACAGGGACCAGUGCCUCCUGCAGGCCGAGAGCGACAAGCAGCAGGCGCUGUCUCUGAAGGAGACGGAGAAGGCGGUGCUUGCAGAGAAGCUGUCCGCCCUGCAGGCGGAGCUCGGCGCGGCUGCCCUGGAGCUGGACCGCUUGCGCAGGGACGCCGUGCACUGCAAGGAGCAGGAGAGGGCCACCGUGGGGGCCCUGAACACGGAGCUGCAGGAGCUGCGCUCCCAGCUGCAGGACGCAGUGAGCUCACACCAGCGGGAGCUGCAGCGGCUGCAGGAGAGCUGCGCAGACCUGCAGACGCACGCAGACACUGCCCUCAAAGAGCUGGAGGAGUGCAGGGGCGCCCUCUCGGCCAGCGAGGAGGCGCGGGAUUCGCUGAGGCGGGACCUGAUGGAGGCGGAGAGGCGCCUGUGCCAAUCGCGGGACGCCGGCGAGGGGCUGCGGCGCGAGAGCCUGGAGCUUCGCCGGGCGCUAGGAGACGUCACCAAGGAGAAGGAGACCCUCGGCCAAUCAAACACGCAGCUCAGGGAGGCCCUGAGAGCAGCCGAGAGCGAGAGAAUCAGCGUGAAGCGCCAGUCUGAGGAGAAGGAGCAGAAGCUGGCCGUGCUGGAGGAGAGCCUGGCGUCUGCGCAGAGGGAGGUGACCGAGCUGCGCAGCUGCCUGCGGGAGGUGGAGCGGUCGCGGCUGGAGGCUCGCAGGGAGCUGCAGGAGCUGCGCAGACAGCUGAAGGUGCUGGAGGGAGAGAAGGAGCAGAAGGGCAGGGAGGUGGCGGAGCUGCAGGCCCGGCUCUCCCUGGAGGAGCAGAGGGAGGAGGAGCGGGCCAGGGAGGCGUUCGCUCUGAAGCAGAGGCUGGCCGAGGCGGAGACGGGGAGGAGCAGCCUCAGGAAGGAGCUCUCCUCCGCGCAGCGGCGCCUGGCGGACUCGGAGUCGGGCUGGCGCGGCUGCGAGCGGGAGCUGACGGCGCAGCUGCAGGAGGCGCGCGGCUGCGAGAAGAAGCUGCAGGACGAGGCGCGGAACCUGGCGCUGCGGGCGCGGGCGGCGCAGGACGAGGCGGCGCAGGCCGGCCUGCGGCUGAGCGAGGCGCAGGGCAAGCUGGCCGCCACCGAGGCCGAGCUGGCCCGCGCCGAGGCCCAGCGGCGCGAGCUGGAGUUCCGCCUGGGCAGCCUGCAGUCGGCGCUCACCCGCACCCUGGGCAUCGGCGCCGGCGGGCGGGGCCGGGGCGGGGGCGGGAGCAGCCCCGCCGGGACCUCCCCGGGCCCCCUGUCCGUCUCGCGGCCCCGCAGCCUGUCCCCCAUGCGCCGCUCCAUCUCCCCCUCCAAAGGUUGGGAAGAUUUGGGCGGCAGUGGGUCCUCAGAGAAGGGCGCAGGUUCACGACCCGUCUCCCCAGAGAGGGGCGACGCCCCCCUCCCCCUCCCGCUGCCCGAGUUGGACCCCGAAACGCUGCGGUGUGGCCUGAGGGACUUCCUGCAGGAGCUGAGAGACACACAGAGAGACAGGGAUGAGGCCCGCUGUCAGUUGGGGGCGGUUCAGAGAGAGCUGGAGGAGGUCAGUGGGGAGAGGGACGCCGUCCAAACCCGCCUCGCCCAGCUCCACGCCACCCUCACCGACUGCCAGGAAGGGAAGCGCGGGGUGGACGGGCGUUUGAGUGCUGCCCAGGCCGCGCUGCAGCAGCAGGAGGAGGCGGUGCGGCGGGCGGAGCGGGAGAAGAGGGCGCUGGCCGACCGGGUGAAGGAGCUGGAGAGAGCCAAUCAGAGCGCGGAGACCGAGAGGCGACACACUCAGGAGCAGCUGAGUAAGAUGAGGGCCGGGGAGGCGCGGCUGGAGGCGGAGAGGAAGAAGCUGCGGGAGGCCCUGGAGGCGGCGGAGGCCCGGGGCACCCGGCUUGAGCUGGCGCGGCGCAGCCAGGAGGGGGAGCUCCAGAGGCUGAAGCUGAGCCUCGGGGACCGGGAGUCCGAGAGCCAGGCGUCUCAGGAGCGCGCGGACGGCCUCCUCAAACAGGUGUCCGAGGGGGAGCGGCGAGUGGCCGCCCUGCAGAGGGAGGUGGACAGGCUGACCCAGGCGCUCGCCAAGGCCCAGGAAACAGAAGCGGCCCUGAAGGAGAAGGCUCAGGGCCUGGCGCAAAGCCUGCAAGAGACCACCGCUGCUCACAGCGCCACCCAGGGGCGCCUCGCGGCACUGCAGAAGACACUGGGCGCGGCGGAACAGGACCGCAGGCUACUGCAGGAGCGCGUGGAUGGGGCGAAGGCGUCCCUCUCGGACGGGAAGCGCAGCAUAGCCGCCCUCACUGAGCGCGUGCAGACGCUGCAGGCGGAGCUGGUCCAGAGCGAGCUCCGUAAAGGGGAACUGGAGACGGAGCUGGCCCACACCCAGGAGGCCCUGCGGCAGCGCACGGCCAGCCUGGCCGACACCCAGCGCAACGCGCAGGCUGCGCAGGCGGAACGCGCAGCCAGUGAGGAGCGUCUGCGCGCUCUGCAGAGGGCGGUGGCCCAGCUGGAGGGGGAGAAGAGGGACGCGGAGAGGCAGGCCGUCCGGCUGGAGAAGGACAAGAACGCCCUGAGGAGCACGCUGGACAAGGUGGAGCGUCAGAAGCUGAAGAUGGAGGAGGGCAGCAUGCGCCUCUCUGCGGAGAAGGGUCGUCUGGACCGCUCCCUCAACACGGCAGAGCAGGAACUGCAGGACGCUCAGCGGCAGAUCUCCCUGCUGCAGGCCCAGCUGGCGGAGAUGGAGCAGCUGCACAGCGCCAGCGAGGGCUCGGCCCGGCAGCGGGACGAGGCGCAGCGGGAGGCGGACCGGCUGAGGGCCGCGCAGAGGGACGCCGAGCGCACGCUGGCGGCCAGGGAGAGGGCGCACCGGCACCGCGUCAAAGGCCUGGAGGAGCAGGUGUCCACGCUGAAAGAGCAGCUCCAACAGGAAAUGAAGCGUCGGCAGCCCCCGCUGCCCCCCUCCCUGCUGUCCAGCGGGAACUGAACAGCGCUCCCCGGUGGUCAGGUGGGGGAAGAGAAGUCAAGAACACUGGAGGGAGCCAUGCCACCCACAGUCCGUCCGUCCUCCUCCCCCAGUGGGGGUUAACAAACUGGCCCACGUCCAAUCAGAGCGUAGUAUGAGCUGAAGAGUAAUCAGGUGACUUGGCUACUGAUCCAAACGAGGAAGUUGCCUGUACUGCACAAUAACCGACCUGUUCAGCCAUAUUUUGCUCUGCAAUAAUACAUUUGCAUAUUUUAGUGUGGAAUACUGAAGUAGUCUGCGGAUAAGUUAGCACCUUGCAUGUUGAGUUUCAUUCUUUUUUUAUUUGUUGUCGCAGGAUUAAUAUUUUAUCUUGAACACUAUGGAAUGAAGCACAUAGUGAGGGACCACCAGCAACAUGCCACAAUAUUUAAAUGUGUGUGUCUAUAUGUGCUGAUUUUAAUUAGGUUUGUGCUUACACACUAACACUUGAUAAUCACUGAAAAACAGUUAACGGAUGAUGUUUUUGUAAAUCAUAGUCUGGUUUGAUAGUAGAAAGAUUAUUUUUGUACGUGUCUUUGUAUGGGAGUGGACAUUGGAGGUCAGGGCUGAUGGGGUGGGGUAACUUUGAACCAGCAUUUGUAUAAGUAGGUGGUUAACCAGUUUCUUCAUGGCACACUGGGCACGCUCACCAUUAAAUGGUGUGAUUGAGCCAACUGCCCCUCUUUUCAAACGCUGGAUCUAGGCUGGUUCACAGACUUCAAGGGUCCAGGUCGUUUGCUGUGUUUCUUAACUCUGUCAGCUCAGCUCAGCUCACUAGAGUUACUAACGUUGCUCUACAUACAGGGGAACAGCACACUGUAUCGUUUCCACUGGCAACUGAUGCGAAAAAGAGACUGUGAAUGAAAUAAACUUGUGGAUGGGGAGUUGUUUACAGUCGUUGUUUAGGGGGCCGUUUCCCCUGGCUCCACUGUCGAGGGGCCUUGGCACAGCGAGUGCUUACCAUCGCCGAUCGCAGGAAACAAUCAGAGCUGGCGAGAAGCAGUUCGGAUUCUAGUUAUUUCCUUCCAGGAAAACUUCAGUCUCCCGACUGCAGAUGAAGUGCAGGCGGUCGUCUGGGGCCUGGACGAGCGCCAGCGCUGAGUACGCUAACGUACUGUUAGCUCUGGUUGCGGGUAACAUGGCGGGAAAGCAGCGGGUCUCUCCAGCGGUUCCGUCAUCUUUUCGGCUGGCCUGGUUCCAGCUGUGUAGCCGGCCUGGUUCCAGCUGUGCCGCAGGGAAAGGGGUAUGUGGGCCGGCUGUGCCCAGUGUCGGAGCGGGAACCAGAAGACCUUCUGCACCAGAAGGGUCUUGCUGGCUGGGUUGUGGUAGAACCCACACUGGGCAGUUUUAACAUUCCACUCUUCUACACUCAUUUUCUUUCUCAUUUCAUCCCCCCACCAUGACCUCUAAUUUUUAAUAAAGAUAUUUACAGUCUAUAAAGUU